CCCGACUAUAAAGAGAGCAGUCACUUGAGUUCUCCCUUCACUCAAGAUGAAACUCCUUCUGCUGAUCACUCUGCUCACAGCAGGCGCCGCUGCACACAGCGUCAGUCGUCGGGCUCUAUGGCAGUUCCGAAAGAUGAUCCAGUGCACCAUUCCUGGGAGUAGUCCCUUGAAGGAUUACAACAAUUAUGGCUGCUUCUGUGGUUUGGGUGGCUCAGGCACCCCAGUGGACGAAUUAGACAGGUGCUGCCAGACUCACGACCACUGCUACACUCAGGCCAAGAAGCUGGACAGCUGUAAAUUCCUCAUAGACAACCCUUACACUAAUUCGUACUCAUACUCCUGCUCUGGGAAUACGAUCACCUGCAGUGACAAAAACAAACCCUGUGAGGCCUUCAUCUGCAACUGUGACCGGGAGGCCGCCAUCUGCUUCUCCAAGGCUCCAUACAAUAAAGAGAACAAAGACAUUAAGUGUUAGACUUGUCACAUCAACUGCUGCCUACACCACCCCUGCCUGCCUGGCUGUGUUCACCACACACUGUGCCCUCUAAUAAAGCACCUAUUGAAAGAA